CGCUCGGGGCCUUUUCAAAUCGGGAUCCGUUACCGCUUUCCCAGCCGCCGCCAUUGUGGCGCUCGGAGCCCCUCAACGCAGGCGGCGCAGGCGGAGGCCGUGGCGUCGGGAUGGCCGACGCCGACAAGCCCGAGGUGCUUAGGGCAGCUGGCGACGACAGCCCGCAUCGGCAGCCAGCGGAGCCGCCGGGCGAGCCCCGGCGAGAACCUCACCCGCCCGAGCAGGAGAAGCAGCCGCCGCAGCACAGCAGCAGCUCCAAUGGCGUUAAAAUGGAGAAUGAUGAAUCAGUCAAGGAAGAGAAAUCUGAAUUAAAAGAAAAAUCUACAGGAAAUAAGAAAGCCAACAGAUUUCAUCCUUAUUCAAAAGACAAGAACUCAGGCACUGGAGAAAAGAAGGGUCCAAAUCGUAACAGAGUUUUUAUUAGCAACAUCCCAUAUGACAUGAAAUGGCAAGCCAUUAAAGAUCUAAUGAGAGAAAAAGUUGGUGAGGUUACAUACGUGGAGCUCUUUAAGGAUGCGGAAGGAAAAUCAAGGGGUUGUGGUGUGGUUGAAUUCAAAGAUGAAGAAUUUGUCAAGAAAGCACUAGAAACUAUGAACAAAUAUGAUCUUAGCGGAAGACCCUUGAAUAUCAAAGAGGAUCCUGAUGGAGAAAAUGCUCGUAGGGCACUGCAACGAACAGGAGGAUCAUUUCCAGGAGGACAUGUACCCGACAUGGGAUCGGGAUUGAUGAAUUUACCACCUUCCAUUCUCAAUAAUCCAAACAUUCCUCCUGAGGUUAUCAGUAAUUUGCAGGCUGGUAGACUUGGUUCCACAAUUUUUGUUGCUAAUCUUGACUUCAAAGUUGGUUGGAAGAAGCUAAAGGAAGUGUUCAGCAUAGCUGGAACUGUAAAGCGGGCAGAUAUUAAAGAAGACAAAGAUGGCAAGAGCAGAGGAAUGGGCACAGUCACUUUUGAACAAGCAAUUGAAGCAGUUCAAGCAAUUUCUAUGUUCAAUGGGCAGUUUUUGUUUGAUAGACCUAUGCAUGUGAAAAUGGAUGACAAGUCUGUCCCUCAUGAAGACUACCGUUCACAUGAUAGUAAAACACCACAAUUACCACGUGGUCUUGGAGGCAUUGGAAUGGGACUUGGUCCAGGUGGACAGCCUAUUAGUGCCAGCCAGUUGAACAUAGGUGGUGUAAUGGGAAAUUUAGGUCCAAGUGGUAUGGGAAUGGAUGGUCCAGGUUUUGGAGGAAUGAAUAGAAUUGGAGGAGGAAUUGGGUUUGGUGGUCUGGAAGCAAUGAGUAGCAUGGGAGGAUUUGGAGGAGUUGGUCGAAUGGGAGAGCUAUACCGUGGUGCGAUGACUAGUAGCAUGGAGAGAGAUUUUGGACGUGGUGAUAUUGGAAUAAAUCGAGGCUUUGGAGAUUCCUUUGGUAGACUUGGUGGUGGAAUGGGUGGCAUGAACAGUGUGACUGGAGGAAUGGGGAUGGGACUGGAUCGGAUGAGUUCCAGCUUUGAUAGAGUGGGACCAGGUAUAGGAGCUAUACUGGAAAGGAGCAUCGAUAUGGAUCGAGGAUUUUUAUCAGGUCCUAUGGGAAGCGGAAUGAGAGACAGAAUAGGCUCCAAAGGCAACCAGAUAUUUGUCAGAAAUCUGCCUUUUGACUUGACUUGGCAGAAACUAAAAGAGAAAUUCAGUCAGUGUGGUCAUGUAAUGUUUGCAGAAAUAAAAAUGGAGAAUGGAAAGUCAAAAGGCUGUGGAACGGUCAGAUUUGACUCCCCAGAAUCAGCUGAAAAAGCCUGCAGAAUAAUGAAUGGCAUAAAAAUCAGUGGCAGAGAAAUUGAUGUUCGCUUGGAUCGUAAUGCAUAAUUUGAAACCACGGUUGGAACAUUCUUACAUCUGUUUUGCUGAAUCUCCUAGUAAAAGUCAUUUUUUUAAGUAAUACUGUAUGCUUACAAAAGUUGUAAAGAUGAACUUUUAAAACUCCCACCAGCUUUUAACAGUAUAGUGUUAAUAUACUGUGAUUUUUGUUAAUCUCAAGUUUGGAUUUUUAAAGACAGCAAGUCUGGUCAUUCAGUUUAAAUGAAUGGUUAUACUAUUUUUAAUGAAAUAAGCCAUUUUCUUGUUACUUUCAGUUCUGCAUAGUGGGAUUUGUUUGUUCAAGUGUCCCCAGCUUUUAUCAACUUACUGUAAGGUAAAACAUAGAUGGUUUUUUUCAAAACUUCUGUUUAAUAUAUGUAAUUGUCCUUGAAAAGAAAGGGCUCAGACAAAUUAGGAUAUGAUUUUGGUUGGUUUUAAAUUUUUCUUGGUGAUAAAGAAUUACUGUAAGUAAGUUUCAGAUUCUAAAGUUCAGAAUAUUUUUUAUUUGACUUAAAUGGAGAAAUGGAGUUUUCCUUCCCUGCCCUUCCCCAUCAUUCACAUUUUCCACAUAACAUUAACCACCACAGCCCCUUAUUUUAUUAUUUCCAAUAAUUCCAAGUUCAUACAGAACUGAUAAUGUUGCAAGCCCCAAGUAUAAUAAUAGGCAGACUAGUCCCAACUUUCUGUCUAGUUUCCAGCCAUUAAGGUGAACUGCUAAGAGAAGAAAAAUAAUUGAAAUGUUGAGAAAGAUGGUUAUGUAAGUUAGUCCUCUACUGUUCACUUCUACAGGAGCAGAUGCAUUUAUAAAUGUAGUUUUAAUAAACCAUGGAACUCCUAGGCACAACAUAUCGAACACGUUGGAUCCCACAAUGUUAGACAUAGCCAUAUCUCCUUUGCCUGUAAAAAAAAAAAAAAAAAAAAGCAUGUUGUUAAAAUAUGCACACCAAUACUGUAUUUUAUUAAUAAGCUUCAUAAGAAAAAACACUGGAUACUUUCUCUGUUUGUUUUGGAAAAUUGUUGUAUUAGAGGAAAAGUCUUAAUGAAUUUGUAUUUUUAAAUUUUGGGGGGUUAGUAUUUAAAGUCUUAACAUUUAUUUAUCUAAUAUAAUUAUCUUUAUUUAUUAAACCAUUUUUCAAUAA